AUGAAGUGCACAAAUUGUGGCUCGUCGGCCAUCGACUACGCCGACAACCAGGCGGUGUGUUCGCAAUGUGGUGUGGUGCUCGAAGAGUCGCAGAUCGUGAGCGACAUCACGUUCGGCGAAAACUCGGCGGGUGGUGCGGUGGUGCAAGGUAGCAUGAUCGCCGCCGACCAGGCGCGUGCGCGCGUCUCGGGCCCCGGCGGCUUCCGCGGCGGCUACGUGAGCGAGUCGCGCGAGAUGACCAUCUCCAACGCGCGCACGGGCAUCCACAACAUGGCGUCGGCGCUGCGCAUCCCCUCGCACGUCGCCGACCGAGCGUUACGCUUCUUCACGCUCGCGCUCGACGGCGGCGCCUCGGCAGCCACGGGCGACGAACCCAAGAACUACGUGCUGGGUCGCAAGUCCGAAUACACGGUGGCGAGCUGCCUGUACGUGGCGUGCCGCAUGGAGAAGACCACGCACAUGCUCAUCGACUUUGCCGACGCGAUCCAGGUCAACGUGUUCAUCCUCGGGCGCUCGUACCUCAAGCUCAUCCGCGUGCUCAACCUGCGCCUGCCGCUCAUCGACCCGAGCAUCUACAUUGCACGCUUCGCCGCGCUGCUCGACUUUGGCGACGAGACGCAAAAGGUGGCGUACGACGCCUCGCGCCUCGUCUCGCGCUUCCAGAAGGACUGGAUCACCGAGGGCCGUCGGCCGGCGGGCAUCUGCGGCGCGUGCCUCAUGCUCGCCGCGCGCAUGAACCACUUCCGCCGCUCGGUGAGCGAGGUGAUCCAGGUGGUCAAGAUCGCCGACGUCACGCUCCGCGCGCGUCUGGACGAGUUCAAAAAGACGCCGAGCGGUCAGCUCACCGUGCAGGACUUCCGCGACGUGUGGCUCGAGGAGGAGCAUGCGCCGCCGGCGUUCCUGCGCGCGCGCGAGCCAGCCACCAACAAACGCAAGCGCAAAUCGUACAAGGGUAUCCAGCUCGAAGGCGUCAAGGACACAGACGCGGCCGAGGGCUCGGAUGCCGAUGCGGAUGCCGACGUCGAGGCGGAGGCAGACGGCACGAGUGGUGCCACCAACGGCCCCACUGACGGUGCUGACAAAGGCGCGCCAUCGAAUGGUACGGAGAACAUUGAUCCGGAGCUGGAAAAGGUGGUGGACGAGGCGACGGAGCAGGAGAUCCAGCAGUACUUGCAGCAGAGCCUAGCGCAGGAGCUCGACCGUGCGCUCGAGAUGCAGGAGCGCGAGCGGGAGGAACGCGCCAAGUCCGGCAAGGUCGGCGGUGCAGUUGGAUCGUCUCGAGCGUCGACGGAUGCGAUCCAGGGCGUAGACGCACCCAUCCCGGACGACAAUGUGGCCGGACCGUCGGGCUCGCGCGAGACGCUCGACAUGAGCAAGGCAGGCAAGCUGUUGCCGCUGGGCGGAUUAGGCAUGGAUGUGCAAGGCACGUUUGGCGACCGAGCCGAUGCCAGCGCCACAACAACAGCAGCACCAACAAGAACAGCAGCGGAAGCCGAGGGGUCUACGAGCGGGGGCCGGCGACGAAGUGUAGCUGCGGCGGGGGUGGACGAGCUCGCAGAUCUGGACGAGGAGGAGCUGGAUCGGUUCAUCCUGUCGCCCGAGGAGGUGCGGAUCAAGGAGCGCGUGUGGAUGGAGUUCAACAAGGACUGGAUGGAGCAGACGCUCAAGAAGCAGCUCAAGCUGGAGCACGACCAGAAGAUGGGCGUGCCGAUCCGCGAGCCGUACAAGCGCAAGAAGCCCAAGGCGCCGCGCGAUGCGUCGACGGCCAUGCACACCAGCUCGGCGGCCGAGAGCGCCAAGAUGAUGCUCAAGCAGAAGCAGUUCAGCAAGAAGAUCAACUACGAUGCGCUCAACAAUCUGUUCCCGGGCGCCAAGCAGGUUGGGGGCAGCAGCAAGGGGAGGGGUGGGAGGAAGCGGGAGCGCAAGAGAGGGAGGCAGGAGAGUAGCGACGAAUCGUCGAGCGAGGACGAGCGCGGGAGGAGGCAGAGGGGGAAGUACUUUGGAUCGGGCGACGAGGCGCAGGUGGUGGAGGAGGACGGCGAUGUGCUGCCGCGCUCGCACCCGCUGCGACGCAACGAGACGCGGCUCAACCGGCGCGGCCAUUCGUCGGCCGCCGAGGAGUCCGGUGGUGCGACGGAUCUGGGCGACGAGGUGGACGAGUGGGCGGACGACGACGCGCUCGAUGUCAACGCGGACAUGCGCAAGAAGCUGGGCUACUUUGUGGAGCACGACGACGACGAGGGCGAGGAGACUGACUAG